AUGGAUCCUAAUCAAUUUAAUUAUCAACAAUCUAUGUUCAAUUUCAUGCAAAAUUUUCAAAAUCCUAAUCCUCAAAAUUCUCAAUUCCCAUCGAUGCCAACAAACUCCUCCGCUUUUUUCCCGUCAUCAACCGGAAACACUCCGCCGCAUUUUUUCCGUCACCAAACUCCACCAUAUGGUCAACCAUCUAUGGAAUUUUUUCGUCAUGAACCGGAAACACCGAUUGUGUCUAUGUCCGAAAGUCAAGUUCCACCAUUUUCAACUCAAUUCGGUAUUGAAAAAGAAGAAAGUCGCCCUGUUAAAAAAAAAGCUCGAGAGGUAUUUUCAAGGGAUGAAGAUAUACUUCUUAUCCAAUCAUGGCUCAAUGUUUCAAAGGAUUCAAUUGUAGGAGUUGAUCAAAAAGUUGAGAGUUUUUGGUUAAGAAUCACUACCAAUUAUAACGAGUAUCGUGGACAAUCGCGGGAAAAGCUACAUGGGCAAUUAAAAUCUCGAUGGCAUCGAAUAAAUGGCUUGGUUCAAAAAUUUGUUGGGUGUUACAAACAAGCUGUUAAUGGAAAGAAAAGCGGGACUUCGGAGAAAGAUAUCUUGGCUGCUGCAUAUGCAUUUUUUGCUCAAGAUGAAGGUACACCAUUCAAUCUUGAGUAUGCAUGGCGAUUGUUAAAGGAUGAACCUAAAUGGAUGGGAGCAUCGACUGAAAAUUCUUCAAAAAGAACAAAGAAUUCUGCUAGUGGGGCACAUUCACCAUCGUCUAACCUCGCGACACCUUCAAGUUAUGAGUUUAACUCAUCAUCACCAAUGGAGCGUCCAAUGGGACAACAAGCAGCAAAAAGAAAGAGUAAGGCAAAGGAAAAUGCAUUUGAAUCACCUUCUAAUAUUGUGCAAGAAACAUGGAAUAAAAGAGUAGCGACAAUGGAAAGACUAGCUCAAUGUAAGGAGGACGAGAUGGAGUAUAAGGCAAUACAAUUACUCUCGAAAGACACUUCUAUGAUGAAUGAUAGUCAACGAGAUAUUCAUGAAAAAUAUUGUAAUAAGUUGGAAAAAAAUAUGGAUUUUAGUUAUGAUGAAAAGAUGUAG